AUGCCGACAAACAACGCUGCAUACCUCACUGCCAUCGAGGCACCCCUCGAGCUCCGACAGGCUCCCUACCCUGACCCCAAACAAGAUGAACUUGUAGUCAAGACCCGUGCAAUUGCGAUCAACCCAGUCGAUUCAGGACAGCAGAAACUUGGCCCCUCAGUCUUUCCCUGGCUCAAGUUUCCUGCUAUCCUAGGCUGUGAUGUUGCUGGAGAGGUCGCCGAUGUUGGCUCGAGUGUCAGCUUGUUCAAGCCAGGCGAUCGUGUCGUUUGCUCCCACAUGGGCACUUUCCAGGAAUACGUUCCUGUAAAGGAACCCUUCUGCGCCAAAAUCCCGGACAAUAUUGGAUUUGAAGAGGCGGCAGUCAUACCUCUAGGAUUGGCUGUGGCCGCCAAGACUCUGUUUGAUCCGGAAUACCUGGCUCUUGACAAACCUACUCCAGAAACCACAGCCAAUGGCAAGGUCAUUCUUAUCUGGGGAGGAUCUACCAGUGUUGGGUGCAACAUGAUCCAACUUGCCAAGGCAGCAGGAUUCGAGGUCAUCACCACCGCGUCUCCCAAGAACUUUGACUAUCUCAAGGAGCUCGGUGCCAGCCAGACCUUCGACUACAGCUCGCCCACCAUCAAGGAGGAUCUUCUUGCUGCAGUCAAGGGAAAGAUAGUCGCAGGCGCUAUAGCGAACGGCGGCACGAACCCCGCAGACUAUCCUUCGAUCGUUGAAAACUGCGCAGCUAUUGCUCUGAGCUCACCGGAUAAUUGCAAGUUCGUUCCCCUGACUAUGGUGCCACGAUUUCCGUUGCCAGAGGGUAUCGAGACAAAAUUUGUCAUACCGGGAGACGAGGAAUCUGCCCCGUGGAUCUACAACGAGUACCUCCAGAAGUCUCUGGCUGAUGGCAGCUUUGUACCGGCGCCUAAACCGAAGGUUGUUGGACAAGGUCUGGAUAGUCUGCAAAAUGCACUGGACAUAAUCAGUGCUGGAGUGUCGGCGACCAAGAUCGUGGUCACUAUCUAG